AUGUCCCUCUUCGGUCUGAAUCCCGGCGAUCUCAGCAUCCACCUCGACACCCCGGAGUCUUCGAUUCCCGAGGUCGAGCUGAAGAACAGCAAGGGCCACCUCUUCGACGAUGCCAAGUUUCUCACCCUGGCCGAGGUCCUGCACCACAUGGAGACCAUCGAGUCCGAGCAUCUGAAGGCGCAGUCGGAAAACCGUUCCGGCAUGCAGGCCAGCCUGGACACCCCCCGGCUGAGCCAAGUGUUUGAUGAGACGCUGGCGUAUGCCCGGCAGUUUGUCCUGAUGGAUGUCAACCAGGAGCGCGUGUUGCGGGCAUCCAUCGAGUCCGUGGUGGCCGAUCAGGACAUCACUGCCGCGGUGGUCGGCGCCUGUGGCGAUGUCGAUGACGCGGCUGCCGAUCUCACCGAGGAGCAGCGCGAAGCUCUCAUGAGCAAGCAGCUGACCUCGUACGAGAUGUCGCAAAUCUGCAACCUUCUGCCUGAGGAUCGCGAGGAGAUGGAUGCCCUGAUUCCGAGUAUCAAGACCAAGCUUGACAAUGACAAGCGUGAGGAGAUUGCCAUUCUGAUCGAGCGCUCCAAGCAGCAGACCGCCGGUGAUCACGACCGUAUGGAUGAGCUUGGGUCACUGACCGCGCCUGGGGCCUCGGGUGCUGGGCACCCAGAGGUGGGUGGUUUCCCCGACUACCACCAGCAUUCGAUCAAGCCGGAGCAGGGCUACUAA